ACAAAAAGAAAAGAAAAAACUCAAAGCUCCGUCUUAUUUCUUUGCGCCAUCUCGGAGAAAGAAACAGUAGCAGAGAGAGAAACCGUGACUGAGUGCGAGCAAGUGACGCUUCUCGUGAUUUGCAUUUCCUAACUUUCCUUUUUUCCUCAUUCACUCUCCAACGUCCUUCUCGUGCCCUAAUAUCUCCUCCCUAUUCGCUUUCGGUCUCUGUUUCUGUAGCCCUAGAUUUCUAUAUCUGCAACUGCGGUUCUCUCUUUUAUUAGUCGUCUUUGAGGCUGCCAACGGUGUCUGAUUCGGUUCUUUUCGACGAUUCUGGCCUUCCUCUGGAUUUGACAGCUUGAUUGUUAGUAGAUGGAUAUUACUAGGCUAUUUGCAUCUCGCAAUCAUUAUGAUUGAACUGAACCUGAAAGAAAAGUUAAGUCCUACAAACAUGGAUGCGUCACCUAGCACUAGUGAAAUUGUUGAAUCAACUGAAGAACUAGAUUUUGAAGCCAGAAGAGGUGGAAAGGCCAAAAUGAAAUUUAUGCCAAAAAGUGGAAAAAAGACGUAUAUAGAGGAUGACAUUAACCGUCUCUUUGGUGCAAUUGAUGUGAAAACUUCAGCUGGAGCUUGCAGCCUGUCCCAUGCUGGUGGUGGAGAUGCUUUAAGGAAGAGUUUAAUGAAAAGACCCAUGAGAGUCGGUUCAUCUCAGGCUUCGGGAAUUGGAGUUUCAGAACCUGUGAGUUUGAAGCAGGCACUGAGAGGAUUAUGCAUCUCUCAGGCAUCAGAGUUGGCUGCAACGAAGCGAUUAUUGAGGCCGGCUGGUGCAUCAGGGAUUCCUGAAUCAGGAACAAUCAAAAGGUUCUACAGAGCAGUGGUGGUUGAGGACAAUGGAUCUGUCUCCCACCUGACUCAGGGGAAAGCAAAUUUAGUAGAAAUCUCUUUAGUACCCGAGAGAAUAACAUCUGAUUCUUCUGAGAAGAGGUUUGGACCUCUGGAAGUGCCUAAAGCAGAGUUAUCGAAUCUAAGUUCUCAUCCUUCUGCUCCUUUGGUUGAAGUGACGACACAAACAUCCAUGAUGACUAAAUUACCUAAACAGGAUCAGAUUCUUCAUUCCCCCUGUGGCUCGGAUGCUGAGAUAACAGAAAUGGGGAAAGACAUGCUGACAUCUGCAGAUUCUUCUACUGCUAAUAUUAGUGAGAAAGUUGACGAAAGGACCUCAGACUUGAGUAAAGUCACUGUAGAAACUCCCAUGCCAGAGAAGGGGCAGAAGGACAAGUUCCAUUCUGCAUUUUUAUUUACCAAGUCCAGCCCUGGUAGUAGAGUAAGCAAUUCUGGUUGCAAUAGUCCAUGUUUUAUCAAGCCUAUCUUCAGAAACAAGAGCUUCAUGAAGAAAAAAGUAAAGCAAGAUUCAACUUCUGCUUCCAGCAGUUUGAAUAUAUGCAACGAAAAAGAUGAUCUAGGUCCUAGUGCAAGUAAGUUGAGCAGUUGGACACGCGACUAUAGUCCAAAGAAUGGGAAUAAAGAAAAUCAAAAAGCAUCUCCAGUUUGUAGAAAUUCAAAUCAUAGCAUUGAAGUCAAUUCAAGUAUUCCUGAUGCAAGCUCAAGCAAACCUGGUACUAGUUUGAAAUGUGAUAAUAGAACCGUAGUGACAAUAACUGACGAGAGAUCUAGAUCAAGAGAAAAGGGGGAGUUCUCCCAAAGCUCAAAAAGUAGUAUUGGUGAGUAUAGUAGUAGCACAACUCUUAGUGAGGAUAGCUAUCUAAGUGGAUCUAGUCGUUGUGGCUAUAGACCUCACAUGUCAAAAGACUUGAGAUGGGAAGCCGUUCACCAUGUUCAGAAGCAGCACGGAAGCUUGGGUUUGAGACACUUCAAGCUACUGAAGAAGCUUGGCUGCGGUGAUAUUGGGACUGUUUAUCUUGCUGAGCUUGUUGACACAAACUGCCUGUUUGCAUUAAAAGUGAUGGACAAUGAAUUUUUGGCGAGCAGGAAGAAGGUGUCUAGGGCCCAAACUGAGAGGGAGAUUAUGCAGAUGCUGGAUCAUCCUUUUCUCCCUACAUUAUAUGGCUAUUUGGUGUCGGAUAAAUUGUCGUGCUUGGUUAUGGAACAUUGUCCUGGGGGAGAUCUACAUGUGCUGAGGCAGAAGCAACCCAGUCGGUGUUUCUCCGAAUAUGCAGCCAGGUUUUACAUUGCAGAAGUCCUCCUUGCGUUGGAAUACUUGCACAUGCUUGGGGUUGUCUAUCGAGACUUAAAACCUGAAAAUAUUCUGGUCCGAGAAGAUGGGCAUAUAAUGCUCACAGACUUUGACCUUUCUCUCAGAUGUACUGUUAGUCCUGUGCUCCUUAAGUCAUCUUCACCAAGUGCGGAUUCCUCAAAAAAUAGGUCCAGUCCUUGCAGUGAAGGUAGCUGUAUUCACCCUUUUUGUCUCCAGCCAUCUUGGCAAGUUCCUUGUUUCACUCCUAGGCUUCUAUCAGUCGCUGUAAAAUCUCGGAAGAUCAAAUCUGACCCAGCUGCUCAAGUUAGCCCAUUGCCACAGCUUGUGGUGGAGCCAACAAGUGCCCGGUCAAACUCCUUUGUCGGAACCCAUGAAUACCUAGCUCCAGAGAUAAUCAAAGCUGAGGGUCACGGGAGCUCUGUUGAUUGGUGGACGUUUGGAAUUUUGCUAUUUGAGCUGUUAUAUGGUAAGACCCCCUUCAAGGGUCCUGGGAAUGAAGAAACCCUGGCCAAUGUGGUGUCCCAAAGCCUCAAAUUUCCGAAUGGUCCUAUAGUUAGUUUUCAUGCAAGAGAUUUGAUCAGAGGGUUGUUGAUAAAAGAACCAGAGAGUCGAUUAGGUUCUGUGAAAGGGGCUACAGAAAUCAAACAGCACCCCUUCUUUGAAGGCAUCAACUGGGCUUUGAUUCGCUGCACGAUACCACCAGAGCUGCCCAAAUUUUGUGAUGCUGCGACUGGUGUGCCAACAGCAGACCCUCAUAAUACAGAGAGCAACCAUCAUAAGGAAUCCAAUGGUAGGGAACAUAUAGAGUUUGAGAUGUUUUAGCCCAUAUUUGUGAAUUAUGACGACCGAAGAUGCAUGAUUUCUUAUUGGAAAAGAGAUUCCUCAUCCUUCUUGUAACUGAUAUAAUAAUAGAAUAUAGUGUAAAUGUAAUUCAGCAAAUAGGCUUCACUUGUUAAGGAUAUAGAAUAUAGAGUGAUACGGUAGUAUCCACUGCUCAUGGAGUGGGAUUUUCUCGUCUGAAUAUUAUGCUAUGCUACUAUCAGCGGCCUGGUUUAGUGGUUUGGACUCUUUUUUUAUGCGUCCAAGUUCUUCAUCU